GCGCGCGCCGAGCGCGCGCGGGCAGUGGCGCCGCUCUGCGGGACGCCGCUGGAGCAGCCGAGGCAUCCCGUUUCGGGGGCGCGGCGCGGCGGGCAGAAGGAGCCGAAGCAGGCGGAGUCCGUGCGCGACGACGAAGAGGACAUCGUCGCCACCCUCACGUCGCGUCUGCGGGCGCCUGGGGUGCCCGCGCUCAGCAUGGCCGAGCUGGACUGUGCAGCGGCGGCCUUCGACUCCGAGGCGUGCUUCGAGGUCGGCGGCACGGGCGACUUGCGCAUGGGCGAAGUGAUUGCAAAGUCCGGGGGCUGCCGAGGCGAUCGCUCCGUGGAGGACGGCGUGUGCAGCGACGUGGAGGCCGGCAUCUGGGUGGUGGGGCCCGACGCGCUCGCCGCGAUCCCUGCCUGCCCCACGCUGGUGAACAGCCUCGUGGUGAAGUUCGCGGAGGGGCCCGGCUUCCUGGGCGACGUCCACGAGUACGAGAGGGGCGUGAUGAAGGAGCUGGACGACGAGGGACCUCUCCUGGACUGGGGCGGGAAGCUGGAGCACGAGGAGGCGUUGCACGUCUUCGGCGUGGACGGCGAGGAGGAGCAGCGCGACCGCUCGGACUCGUGCGGCCAGGGCGGGGACGGUGAGGGCGUCGACAACGCGGCCGCGCCGCCGCACGAGACCAUGGUGAACGCGUUCGACGUGGACGAGCGGGAUACCAUGCAGGUGGUGGUGCACUCGUGGCCGAGGAAGGGGUGCGACGGGAUCGCGACAACCAUGUACGUCGUGAAGGUCGGUAGCGUCGACGCCGCUUCGCGCACGGCCGACCGUGACCUACGGCGGCCUGGAUGGCAAGCCGACGGUGAGGAGCCUGCCCCCCGUGCCCUCGGCCGCGGAGGUUGCGGAUGGCCGCCGAUGGCUACGCUCCAGCUUUGGCCCCGGCUCUCGAUGGGCCAGGUGGGCGAGCCGUCAGCGGCGGCGCCAGAG